CGUGUGCCCAUUUGGAUUUCUCAAUGCAUUCACCUUCCCACGCCACUCCCUUCCAAAUUUAAUACCACAGCCCCAAAACCAUCUACGCCUGGUUCUGGCCUCUGGUUUUCCCAAAACUUUUGGCACCCUUUUCUCAUAUAUAAGCCACUACCCCUGCCCAUCUGCUUCAUCAAACCAUCAAUUCUUGAUAUCUUACGUCUUACAUUUCUUCUACUAUCAACACUCUCCCUUUUGUUUCUCCAUUUCUCUUGCAAAAUGCGGUCAGCAAGCAAAGCUUGGAUGGUAGCAGCGAGCAUUGGAGCGGUGGAGGCACUCAAAGACCAAGGCUUUUGUAGGUGGAACAAUGCAAUAAGGUCUAUUCAACAACAUGCCAAGAACCAUUUCAGGUCAAUCUCUCUGGCCAACAACCUCUCUUCCUCUUCUUCUUCUUCUUCUUCUUCUUCUUCUUCCAGGGGUUCAAGCAAACUCCAGGAAGACAGGGCAAAGCAGUCAGAGGAGUCCCUUAGGAAAGUCAUGUACUUGAGUUGUUGGGGUCCCAACUGAGGAUUCUUUCUUCUAUUUUUAAUCAAGUUGGAAUAGAUUUAGAAAAUUCAUCUAGCUUGUAAUUAUAAUUGAUUUUGUCAAAUUUCAAGACCAACACUUCUGGAUUAAUCUUCUAUGUACAUGUCAUUUCCUUUUUAUUUUUCAUUAUCUUUCUUGGA